AGAGAGAGAGAGAGAGAGAGACAGAGACAGAGACAGAGAGAGCUUGCCUUUUUAUUUUCCCUUUCUUUCUAAUUCUUGGCUCCUCUGCUUUUUGGCAAAUGCAAAAGUUGUCCUUCAAAUUGCGGUCAUGACCACUCCUCCUCCUCCACCUCCACCUCCCUCCACACCACUCUCUCCCUCUAGCUCUCCUCCUCCUCCUCCUCCUCCUCCUCCUCUCUCACUCCCACUCUCGCUCCUCUUCUCGGCUCUCCCUCACCAUAUUCCCGGAUUCCGCGGCGCAGUAUUGCCGCUACCCCGACCGUUCUCGCCGUCCGCUCCAUAGCAAUCGGGAGCGAGAAAUCGAGAUGAUCGAUCUCAACACGGUGGAGGACGACGAAGCGCCGUCCUCCGGCUCCUCCCCUGCCUCUUCUCUGUCCUCCGCCAUAAGCGCUUCGAAUGUUAACUCCAACCCCCCCGCGAACCCCGCCUCCUCCUCCUCUUCUUCGUCUUCGUGCUCUCCCUUGUGUUUGGAGCUGUGGCAUGCCUGCGCUGGGCCCCUCAUCUCGCUCCCCAAGAAGGGCUCUCUGGUGGUUUACUUCCCGCAGGGGCACUUGGAGCACGUCUCUGAUUUCCCCGCUUCCGUGUUUGAUCUCCCUCCUCAAAUUUUCUGUCGUGUUGUUGAUGUCAAGCUCCAUGCGGAUGCGAGCACCGACGACGUUUAUGCGCAGGUUUCGCUGAUUCCUGAAAGAGAGCAAAUUGAGCAUAAAUUGCGCGAAGGGGACAACGAAAUAGACUUGGAUGAGGAUGAGAUUGAACCGGCUGUGAAGUCUUCGACACCUCACAUGUUCUGCAAGACUUUGACUGCUUCAGACACAAGCACUCAUGGCGGGUUCUCUGUUCCUCGGCGAGCUGCUGAGGACUGCUUCCCUCCACUGGAUUAUAAUCAACAAAGGCCUUCUCAGGAGCUUGUAGCUAAAGAUCUGCAUGGCCUGGAAUGGAGAUUCAGACAUAUAUACCGGGGACAGCCACGCAGGCAUUUGCUCACCACAGGAUGGAGUGCAUUUGUAAACCGGAAGAAGCUAGUCUCCGGGGAUGCCGUGCUCUUCCUUAGGGCUUCGAACGGAGAAUUGAGAUUGGGAGUUCGAAGGGCUAUUCAAGUUAAAGGAGCUUCUACUUUUCCAUCACUUUGCAUCCAGACCCGGAAUCAGAGUGCCCUCAUGGAUGUACCAAAGGCUGUAUCUCUUGGAAGUGCCUUCAAUGUUUACUAUGAUCCAAGAGCCAGCUCAUCUGGGUUCCUAAUACCAGCUCGUAGGUUUUUCAAGAGCCUUAACCAUUCUCUUGCCCCUGGCAUGAGGUUUAAGAUGCGUUUUGAAGCCGAGGAUAUGGCAGAGAGAAGACAUUCAGGUCUGAUAGCCAACAUAAGUGAUAUGGAUCCUGUUAGAUGGCCGAGUUCGAAAUGGAGGUGCCUGUCGGUUAGGUGGGAUGACGUUGAGCCUGAUCGUGGUAGUAGGAUUUGUCCAUGGGAAAUUGAGCCAUCUGGUUCAGUUUCCAGUCCAGUUGGUUUUAUGAUGCCCGGUUCUAAGCGGACCAGGUUCGGAAUACCUUCCAUGAAACCAGAAUAUCCGGUUCCAAAUGGGAUUGGAGCAUCAGACUUUGGGGAAUCUUUCAGGUUCCAGAAGGUCUUGCAAGGUCAAGAAAACUUGGGUUUUAGCACUCCGUAUGAUGGUAUUGAAACUCAAAGUCAUCGGCUCUCUGAAGUGAGGAGGCAUCAUCCUGAUGAUUCGGGUGGUUCUGAAGCUGCUGCUGCCAGAAAUGGCAUCACAAACCCAUCCGUGAAUGCUAGUGUCACUUACAAAGGCAUGGGCUUCUGCGAAUCUUUUCGGUUUCGUGAGGUCUUGCAAGGUCAAGAAACAUUUGCCAACCCGCCAUAUACAAGGCCCUGGUUUACCAAUGGAGCCCAAGGAAAUGGUGCAUUUGGUGGUCGUGAUGGCUUUCAAUUGGUUCCUUCUAGGAAUGGUUGCUCUGCCCUGAAUCAGGGUUCGGACAAUCGUUUCAGUCUUCCAGUUUCCUCCGUACAAGUUUCUUCACCAUCUUCAGUAUUAAUGUUCCACCAAUCGAGCAGGAAAAGCUCCAACAGGAGUUCUCUUUGUAAUACAUUGUCAUUGGAUGAUAAGUUCUCUUCGCCAUUGAAGGCGAGUUUUGGUGGCACGAGGUCGCUGGGUUUGUUGAAUGAACAAAGUAGAUUGAGUUUCCCUCAUUCUUCCAUUUUGCUGCCGUCGGAGGGCAUAGUUAGUGAGGACAUGGCCCCGCCUUUGAAGAGUAGUUGCCGACUCUUUGGUAUAUCAUUGACCGAAGGAAGAGAUGUUUCUCACAAAGAAGCUAACAUGAGCUCGUCCAGGUUGAAUGGCGAAGCCCUUUUUGUUGGUCAUAUUGGAGAGAACUUCCAUCCAAAGGCCAAUGUGAGCAGGGUGGUUGGGAGCAAUUGCACAAGAGUUCUCGACCUGCAUCCUGUGAGUGAUGUGCUCUUUGAUGUCGCAUCCUAGAGACUAUGGUAUAUUGGGAAAAAAACCCCAGAAAAUUGUGUAUUCAGAAGUAGGGAAGGUAGUGGAAAUUGACCUCUUCAGCUUGCAUUUCUUUUGGCUGAUUUAAUAUGGUGAAGCCAUGCUAUCAUGUGAGUGGAGAUUAUCUGUCUAUGUGAAUUUGAAGUUUGUGAAUCGCAGCAAGUGCAAAACCAACGUGGUGUAUGGGGGUACCGUCUUAUGUGAUUUUGAAGAUGCUUGCAUUUGUCAAGAAUGGCUUAGAUUGAAGGUCCCCAAGUCUUGUGAUUCCAUCUGGACAGCUUUUGUUUCCGGGCAAGUACUUUAUUGUGGUUUUGAGCUCUUUUUAUGAGGCAAUCUUUUGGGUAGGCAUUAUGAAAAUUGGAGGUAGAGAAGCGGGCGAUCUACUCCGAAGUCUCCUUUUAAGUGAAAUUGCCUUGAUGACCUUGCACUUUGUCAAGCUAGAAUUCGUGUAUAUUGUCCUCUCUUUUCAGCUCUUUUGUACUGUUUUUAUUUGUGAUAAAAAAGAGAAAAGAACUCGAAGAGGGUCAUUUUAGUUGAUGAUGUGCUGUUGAUGCUUGAGAUUGCUGAAGCUGAAGCAGUAUGUGGUGAGAUGUUCAGCCUGGUCUAAUCAGUAGCUCUCAGGAUUCAGGAAGUGUAAAUUAUUCUGUUGAUGUAUUUUGACUUCGAUCUCGUGUCUGCUCUAAGGGGAAUUGAAGGCAUGUACUUGUUUGUAUGACCUGUUAUUGAACCUUUUGGAAAGACGAUCUCUGUUCGACUUCAUUCAAGUAUGUGAACAGUCGUGAUUUUUCUACAAA